AUGGCAACAGUUGCCCCAAAGGGAAACUGCCUUGUCGCUCGGGCGAUUCCUUCGGAAAAUCCGUCGGCCGAUCAGCUCAGCGGUCUGUUUGGUAAACUGUCGGUCACUGGCGACGAGAAUCAGCAGAGUGUCAAUAAAGUUAGUCUGAAUUGAAAAGAAAAUUAUGUGAUCGUGUUUACAGUUCGAAGCUCAGCAUACUGUCACACCGGCCGACUUCCGUACUAUUCAAAACAUCCGUUCUUCUGCGUUGGCCGGAAAAACAAAGACUUCGAAAUUUCAGCUGGAUGGUGUGAAGCUUUUUGCUGAUUUGACUCCAAACAGCAAAUCUUCAAAGGUAACUAGAAAUGUGUUUCUGUUUCCGUUUCUGUUCCUCAUUCUGUUCCUAUCUCACUUUAACUAUAUUUAAACGUCAUUGUUAAUAUUACUCAUUCAUAUCCAUCAAAUUAUUCAUAGAAGAACCCAUUCAAGUUCUAUGAAAUACGCCCGCUGGCACCUGAGAAUACAUUCCUAAUAGCCGAGGUUGCUCAAAACCACGUUUUUGCAUUUCAGAAGACCGAGAAAGAAAAGGCGGAAGCCAGAAAAGUGGGAGAACAAAACGAGGGCAAAAAAAACGACGACAAAGAGCAGGAGAAAGAAAAAGGGAAGCCAGAGGAGGAGCAGGAUGAGAAUGAGAAAGAUGGGGCUCUCCUUGGAAGAGGACCAGUGCACAAUGUUCGUGUUGCGACUGCUCAUCACCCAUAUUCUAGAGGUAAAUGACGAGUGCCAUUAAUCGCAUGGCCAUAGCAAUACUUCAACUUUUAGGUCAAAUUCCAUAUGGAAUCGCCGCCCAGACCGCCAUCACCGACCUUUCAGCAUUCACUGGAUACGGUAGCGGCUAUGAAUGCGGAAGCACUUGGUCGCUUAGCCCAGACACCACGAUUGGGUACGAAAUUAAUUGGCUUGCCCUUCCCUCCUCUUCUUUCCUCUUUCCUCGCUCUCCUUUCUUUUGUUUGAAACGGUAGAUCAAGUCGAAUAGGUGGUAGCGUGUUUUAUGUGGAGGGAGAACCAAACAACAGAACAAGAAAGAAGAACUUUGAUAGCAGUUUUUGAUCCUUUCAGGUCUAUCUCCGCGUCCACGACUCCUGACACUGUUCUAUCGUCCGACGGCUAUGGAUCCGCGUCGCCGCCGCAGCACAGCCCAAAAGAUCCGCUUCAGAGUCCCUUUUCGGAAAUCUCGUCGACUGGUCAGUUGUGACAGUACAAACGUGCGCGCGACUAAACUACGUACGAACGGUACCCCGCGUAAGGGGUGAAGGGGUGUCCGUACCGUUCGUCCGGUAGGAAUUAUUAGUGUUGAUCGCUGUUUUGAUGAUCUCCUAUCCCUGGAAAACCCAGCCGGGGGUUAUGAAACACAUUUAUAAUUGUCUUUGCAACAUUUUCCAGCACUCGCGCACUUAAAAGUAUAUAAAUACUUUUUUUCUUAACUCUAAUAUUCUUAUAGAUACCUCCCGCGUGUUAACCCCGGAAAACAACGAGUUGCCGGAGAGUCUGCAGGAUUUCAUUCUGCAGUACUCGAACCAGUACACCAAAGAGGAAAGUGUCAAGGCUCGGCCGCCGUCUGCCGACUCGGGAGUUUCCUCCCCGAUGUCCGCUCGUUCGGCACCAUACAAUUCACCACAUGUGCCACAGGGAACUAACAGGUGAGAAAUGCGUUCAAAAUGUGUUUUGUUUCGAUGGUCGUUCUCUUUCUUAUCUGUUCCUUGCUCUACGAUUCGAUUCGCAACUGAUUGACAAUUCGCAACUUGAACAAUGUUUUCUUGAAACUGGAUAAAUUGCAAUAGCGAUGAUUUGAUAUCUACGGUUUCACAGGAAAAAAAAACGCUUUAUUGAAAUCAUUUAUGUUUUUAGUUCGGUGAUGUUUAGUCAUUUUGAGACAUUACGAACGCCAUUUUUAGAACAUUAACGUUUCACAACUACUUCUCUAGUCCUCUACACCGUUUGAAACUGGACUAUUGGUAACUGGAACAGAUUUCGGUCACAAAAACAAGUGAUAUGAGUUGUUUCGAUUAAAGCAAGUAAAAAAUUCCGCAGGGAUUGUUGGCUGCAAACAAUCCCUGCGGAACGUGUACCAGUUGCAGAACGUCUAACUUUAAAGUGCUAGAAAUCAAUUGACUGUUUGAGGCUAUCAAAUUAAAACAAUUAGCAACCAAAGCUACAGGCUAGUUUGUUGCGUAACGUCUUAUUUAGUUGCAAAAUGUCCAAGCUCAAAGCCACCAAAACCAAACUCUUUUUGAACAUACUUUGAAGUCCACCUACUCGCAAACUCACGAUUAUGACGUAUUAGUGCUAAGAAGAUGAAUACAGUAUCCGAAGAUGAUAUGAUAUCCCCGCGGAAGUACACGCUCCUAGUCGAUCCCUUUCGUCUUGUGUCCAGUUGUUGUGCGAAGAAAGAGAUAAGAUUGAAAUUAGCGGCUUGGCUUUGGUUGUCACUGUCUUCGCCAGCAAAACAGUGUGUUUCUUCUCGAGGUCGAAUCAAACCGUGUUAUUUCUGCACUAGGCGCCCGUGGGCGCGAUUUACUUCCUGGUUGUAUUCAGUUCCCUAUCCGUUUCCCUUUUUCUCUGUCUACCUGAGAAAAAAAUUCGAAGAAAGUGGCAGGUAGACACGUCUCAUGCUGGUUCUAUGAUAAGUGAAUGGUAUCAGAAAAGGUAUUUUUGUUUUGUGUUCAAUUUAUGAUUUGUUUGCGUUCCGCACGUUUCCCAUUCUACAGUAUACUCUUGUCUUCAAGAAACAUCUUUACCUGAUAGCAUAGAGACAUAGAGACGUUGGGAGUGAGAACCGGUACUUGCCUUUUUCUGAAGAGAAAGAGAAAGAAAGAGAGAGAAUGGUGAACACCGUAGUUUCGAUACCUUAUCAUCGUGUCUCAUAAAGGGGGGUACAAGACAGAACCAUCGGUUUUAUUUCCUCAUCUUGAUCAAAAAACUAUUACAUUUUUUGCAGUGGGCCCACAACGCCAUCGUUCAACCAAACACGACUCAGCCCACGCGGGGAGCCAAACGCCAAGCAACGUCUAUAUGCAAACAUCAAGGAAGCGGAUUUGGCCACCGGUUUUCACUGGGCCUGUACUACUGUAAUAUAGAAUAUUUAUCAGAGGAGUGAGAGGGGAAGGUUUUGGAAAGAUUUAAUUUACGCAGUUUCUUGCGUUGAACGAGUCGCGACAGCUCAAAAUCAGGUCAUUUUAGUUCCGUGUUUUUCAAGGUUACAUUUUCUCAAAAGUACACAUUGAGAACAUCUAGAAAAACUGUCCACUCAAAACACCAAAAAUCGUUCCGAUGAGUAAAGACGAGGAUCUUGCCCAGAUUUUAAAAUAUUUCCGAAUUUCCGGAAAAAUAAUUUCCCGAUUUUUUCGGAAACAAAAAUCGUUUCUGACAUUUCCGGCUGACAAUUUCCUCAGAAGCCUGGUAAGGCCCCUCUCCACUCCUUUCCUUUCUUCCAUCAUUCUCAACCGUUUAUCUUUUCAGUGGAGAAAUGUGCUCUCGAACCGCGAUGCGGAUGGCGACACCCCACUCCAUAUCGUGGCUGCUCACAAUGAUUUGGGAAAGAUUUAUGCGCUGUGCGAGACCCUUCGUAAAACAGCCGACGAGAUGGAUGACAACGUGUUCAGUAUCAGCAACAACUUUGGCGAAACGCCGUUAUAUGUCGCCGUUCUGCAGAGAAACAUUCCAGUAAGAUCGAACCAAUCGAUGCGGAUAAUCAUUCAAGUAUUUAGGUGGUUGAAUAUCUGUUAGAGUUGGGUGCCUCGCCGAACUCUUAUAGUACUCGCGCGGGCGGUGACUCGGCUCUUCACUUUGCAGCAUCGCGUGGAAUGAUUGCAAUGUGCGAGGUAUAUAAUCUCUAUAAUCCUGGCCACUUUUUAUUGAUGUCAUGCAAUUCAGGUGCUUCUCGGGAAACGUGAAAUCCGAGUGAAUGCGACCAAUGACGACGGGCUGACUCCUCUUCUCUGCGCGAUAAAAAUGCAUGGAAUGAUGGAUGAGCAAACCCAGCAAAAGAUCGAUAACACUCAAAUAAUUGCGAUGCUCAUGAAAGCUGGCGCGGAUCCUUCCAUUGCGGUACGGAUCAUUUAGUCGGAGAACAAAAUAGUAUUUGAAAGUUUUGCAGGAAACCUCAACUGGCAAGACGCUUGUCCAUUAUGCGGUCACCAAGAUGGAUGUGGAGUUGUAUGAUGUAUAGUGUACUGUAUCUGAACAUUUUCACAGUGAAUUUUUUACAGUACCUGAACACCCUUGUCAAUGAGGACACUUUCACAGAGCUAGCAAAUCUGUCGGACUUCAAGGGGGACACCGCCGUGGACCUUCUCAAUGGCACUACUCGACCCGGGGACCCGGCGAAUGCCACCCGCGAGAACCUCUACAUUCGUCUCCUUGCUUCUGGGGCCAUCGGGAACAAAUCGAGAUCUUAA